AUGCGUGGAGCGAGCACGGGGCGAGAUCCCUCUCCCCAAGCUCCCGAGUCUGCGGGCACUGUGCCCAUGAAUUCUUCCGAGAAUGUCGCCCCUGGGCCGGAAUCAACACCGGGUCAGACGGCCGCCGGUGUCGAGAGUCCUGAUGUGAACCCGACCGCACCCUCUCCACCAACCUCAUCAGCGGUCGCAUCUCCUUCAAGCUCGGCGGAACCCGCCCAGAAUAACGAAACCCCGAAGAAGAACCACCUUCUCAUUCCAAUUCCCUCUCGUCGGUCCUCCAAGGCCUCGAAAACGGAUAAGCAACCUGUCUCAGAGAAGACGGAGGACCCGGGGCAGGCAGAGCCCGCGCGCCGAGGAUCGAAAGUUAGUAUAUUGAAAGUGCGCAGAGACCGCAGUCGCGCAAGCAGCAGGCGGUCGCGACGGGGAAGCCCCGAUGCUCCAAAAGUCGAGAAGCCUCGGGAGUCCACCGCCGAUGCCGCCACCCCAACCACCCCGGAUAUGAACGGCCACCCUCCACCCGCGAAAAAGAGGGGUCUCUUCGGCUUCUUGAGCUGCUGCUCUUCCGGGGUGGAUGGCGAUGAUGAGCCACCGGUACCGCCCAAGGCAUCGAAUAAGGAGCCCGCCCCCGCCAGGCUUGCGACCCCCGACAAGACCGAGGUCAACGCCGGCGAUUCGAGCACUGCCGAGUCCAAAGAACCCGCUUAUUAUGAUGAGAAGUCUAACGCGAUAUCAAACGAAGAUUCUUCUCAUGCGCAAAAGGCCCCAUCGAUCGCCGAUGUGCAAAGCGAAGGCCAAUCAGCAGGAACUCAGCCCGACAGCUCUGCCAAAGAAAAAGAGGAUCAAAUCGAGAGUGUAAAGGCGAACGGGGUUGCAACUGAAUCCAAAGCGGAUGGACCGUCAUCUGAAGAUCAGACUAGCGCUCCGGAACCUGUCCCUGCCGAAGUGACUUCGAAGAAACUGGGAGAUUCGGCCGAGGAUGCCCCGUCGCACGAGGAAAAUGAGGUGAUCCAUUCUGCUCCGGUGUUGCCUCCACCUCCGCCUCCCCCAUUGCCCGUGCCGAAUCCCCCUUCAGUGUCAGAUCGAGACGAUGGGCAAUGGUUGCUGCCCCCAGCUGUGCCAGCUUUACAGGGCCGAAAGUGCCUGGUUUUGGACUUGGACGAGACAUUAGUUCACAGCAGCUUCAAGGUUCUCGAGCGUGCUGAUUUUACCAUCCCUGUCGAGAUCGAAGGUCAAUACCAUAACAUUUACGUGAUUAAACGCCCUGGUGUGGACCAAUUCAUGAAACGGGUGGGCGAGCUGUAUGAAGUCGUAGUGUUUACAGCUUCCGUAUCAAAGUAUGGCGAUCCGCUUUUAGACCAGCUUGAUAUCCAUAAUGUUGUUCACCACCGAUUGUUCCGAGAGAGUUGUUACAAUCAUCAAGGGAACUAUGUCAAGGACCUUUCCCAAGUCGGUCGUGACUUGAAGGAUACGAUCAUCAUUGACAAUUCUCCGACUUCUUACAUCUUCCAUCCUCAACACGCAAUACCCAUCAGCAGCUGGUUCUCUGACGCUCACGACAAUGAACUGCUUGACCUAAUCCCCGUUCUCGAGGAUCUUGCGGGGGCUCAAGUCCAAGAUGUCAGCAUGGUCUUGGACAUCACCCUGUGA